AUGAUCCUUUCCAUGAUCAUUCCUGGGAAACUAGCCCCGGGAAAUAACAUUGAUGUGUACUUACAACCUCUCAUCAAAGAGUUGAAUGAAAUGUGGUAUGAUGGAGUGCGUACAUUAGAUUCAUCAAAAAAUGAAAUGUUUACGUUGAAGGCAGCUUUGAUGUGGACAAUUAGUGACUUUCCAGGGCUUGGUACUUUAUCUGGGUGGAACACAUACACUGGUUUAGCCUGCUCCACUUGUAAGUUUGAAACAGAUAGUUGUAGACUAAAGAAUGGUAGGAAAUGGAAAGGGAACCCCUUCGAUCCUACUUUGAGCAAGAAUGAAAUUGUCAACAAUAGACCUGAGAAUGUUCCCUUGGACCAUUGGGUGAAAUUUGUUGAAUAUCGCUUGAAACCCGAGACUAUGGAAAUGUGCAAGCGAAACAAAGAAGCGAGAAAGAAACAGAUUUUUAAUCAUACGUGCGGCGCCAUGACUUUCGCGAGAAAAAGACAUAUCCUAACUCUUGAGGCUGGUAAGCCUGUCGGCCGGGGUCCAAUGUGGGAUAUGACCCACAAAAGGGCAGAUGGGAAGUAUGUGAAUGAAGAAGCUCAGAAGAUAGGGGAGAAAAUUUGCAAUCAUAUAGCUGAAAACCCUGAUGCUUAUUCUGAAAUUUCUCCAAAUGAUAUUGUUGGCAAGAUAUUUGGAAAAGAGCAUUCUGGCCGUGUUCGAGGAAUGGGCAUGGGAGUGGUUCCUACUAUUGCUUUUAAGCAUACUACCACACGACUUAGCGGUAUGGAGUUUGGCUCUUUUCGUGGUAGUACUUCAAGCGGCAGUUCUGCAUUGGUGAACCAAAAACUUGCAACUAUGGAGGCUCAAAUGACAGCACUUGUUGGCUACAUUAAAGCGAAGGAAGGUGGUUCACUACCUCCAGAGUUAGCUGCUGCCUUAUUUCCCAAUGAUACACAACAGGCAUCAAACGUAGGAAAUGAAUCUCCAACACCCAAUGACAUAACUAGAUCAUCAGAUGAAAGCAAUGCACGUCGAUCAUGAGAGUCCUAAUUUUAGUGACAUCAGUUGUCUAGUCAUUUUUAUGUUUUGAAACUUGUUAUUUUGAGAAUAGCUAAAGAUGGUGGCAAUGGUUUGUGUAACUUUAUGUUUGGAGACUUGUUUAUAUAUGAGACUU